AAUUUUCUUAGCUCGAUUCAUUCAUGAUUGUUGACGGUUUUCCGGUGCGUACAGUCUGCCGAGUGGUUUUAAGCUUAGAAAUAAUAAUCAUGGUAUAAUAAUAACAAAUUUAGCUAAAGUGAUACGUCUCAAAACGACCGAGAAAACAAUGAGAAAGAUUUUUUCAUAACGAAGGUAAACGCACAAUAUGCUUUAGUGCCUUCUGACCUUGUUCGACAUAAUUACGAAAAUUAAGCUUUUCGUUUUGCGAUGUCCUAAGCCCGAGGGCAGAGCCAAAUACAGUAUUUCAGAAAGGUCAUACAACAUGUUUAGCCCAGUGCAAAUAAAGCAGGAAUAUACAGGAGUAGAGGACGCCAAUCAGAGUGGUAAUAAUGGUAUCCCAAGCAAUUCUGAUUAUCCAGUGUUUACCAAUCAGGAUGUGGAUUACAUGUGUCGUCAGCAAUUGCAAUUCUGGGGACAAGCUCAAUUGCAUCAGAAUCCAAUACCCAUAGAUUUACCCGCAAAGGGUGACUCAUUGGCUCGUCAAGAUCUAUCUCAGAUGGGUCAAACUAUGCCUCAGUUGGCAGUUUCUAGCUACCUUCAACAGCACAGCAUGCCGUUCCAAGUAUCACCGCAUCCUCAAGAAGCCAGUAAUGAAACUCAGACGACUCAACAAAAUCAAUCAAACAUUACUCAACAAGCUCAACAGAGUCAGCUUUCUCAAAUUAGUCAACAGCAGCCAAGCAUAAAUCAAUCGCUGCUAGGAAUUCCUUCCACUUCGCCAGUUAAACAUAAUGGUCCUGGACGGCCACCCAAGGCAUCAGGAGGGACUGGAAGUCUGAAAAAAUUGAAAUGCCAAUGCGAAGUUUGUUUCAAGGAGUUUGGCCACAAGAGCAAUUUGUUCAUUCACAUGAGGACUCAUAAUGGCGAAAGGCCAUACAAAUGCUCUCAGUGUGAAAAAUGCUUUACGCACAGCGGUAAUCUGGCUAUUCAUAUGAGAACACACUCAGGCGAAAGACCAUACGCGUGUCAAAUAUGCGGAAAAAUGUUUAGCCAUAGCGGCAAUCUCUCAACGCACUUACGCACUCAUUCUGGAGUUAAACCAUACAAGUGCAGCUACUGUGCAAAAGAAUUCCGACACAGUGGGAAUCUUUCCAUACAUGAAAGGAUACAUUCAGGCAUAAAACCGUUCCAAUGCAAAGUUUGUGGCAAGCAGUUUUAUCACAGCGGAAACUUGACUACCCACAUGAAGAAACAUCCUGGAAUAUUGAAUGCAAACUCUGAACAGUGCGAGAAUAGUAGUGAUAUAAUAGUGAGUUCAGUACGCAUCGUGAACAACAGCAACUCGGUCAAAAGUGAGUGUAACGAUGAAGCUUCGUUGGAUGAUCCGUCUGUUUUGAGAUCCCCUCCGAGUUAAUAGUUUCAAUGAAAAAUCUUCCAUCAAAACGUGAGAAAAUAUCCAAAGCAUUUAUGUACUGUCUCAACAUCGCUCGCUCUUCAAUUUAUGUGACACUAAAUCCUCACUGUGCUGCGCAAUACAGUUCUUAAUUUCACAUUUUAAAUAAAAUAAUGAACAAAGUCAUUUGUUCACGAAACUAUUUUACAAGCAUGUGUUAGUACUAGACAAGCAUACUAAUACUAAAAAUUAAAGCUCUCGUCGUAAAAUCAAAUUGGGUCAAGUAUUUUCCAUGAGAAAAUUUUUGUAAACACAGCAAACAAUUGUUGAUCUAAGAAUAACACCAGUACUUUGACUAUUCAUGACCAGCAAUGUAUACAAGAGUCCAUGGUAGCCACUGGUCAGGGAAAAUUGGAAAGUCACGAAAAAGUUGGAGAAUUCUUUAAUUAUUCAGAGAAUUUUAUGAUAGAUUAUUAUUUAGAACAAUAUUUUUCUCCAUACUCACUUCCACAACCGUUGAACAGACUAUAAACGUGUUUUAGAACACCCAUUGAAUCCGAGCUUUAUUUAAUGGAUACUCGACUUAGCAGUCUUAGUUUGAAUUUUAUUCAUGAAAAAAUUAUAAUUUAGUCAGGGAAAAGUUCGAGAAUUUUUUUGACUAUUUUUAGUGGCAACCAUGGAGACUGAUUAUAUUUUGCAUUGAUGACCAUCAGGACUUAAUUUCACAUAGUUAGUCUUUUUAUAACUCAACAGCGAGUGUAUUCUGAUAUUUAUCUUACAAUACACAUGGAUAUUAUUGUAAUAUCUACUCAUAAUGAAUUUAUCACAACUUACGAGUACUGUGAUGAUGCACCAUUGCAUCAGCAACUUCCACUUGACCUUUUGUUGUGUUCCAAUAAUUAAUGCAACAGGUUAUCAAGGGUGGUAAAAGCCAUACCUGUGUACUAUGUAAAUUUAUUAUUGAAACGGGAAGCAGCAUUUGCAAGUAGAGCUAGACAAAAAGCUUUUGCUAACAAUGGACAUGAAUAAUUGCAGUAAGCAUUAAAUUUCAUUCAGUCUGCAAAGACCUGUUUGAUAUGGUGAGUUAAAAGGUACUGAUGGGUAAAUAAAUGAUUGGAAUAAAUAAUUUCUAAUUUAAUUGCAAACAAUUUUGAUUAUCAUAUUUUAAAACUAUUUUUGUCCACUGAUAGUAUGUGUGCGCUGAUUUCAUCUGAUAUCCUACACUAUCGAUACCUGUGUAGAUAACAAAGAUAAUGGCAAAAAUAAUUGAGAUGGAUGGGGGUAAUGGUAAAAAUAAUAUGUAGUGAAGGUAAAUCUAAAAAGUGAAAGGAAUCUACGAUCAAUCGUAACAGAUUAAGAUCUAUAAUAUCUCAGCUGAUUUUAUGCUCUGGUAUGGUAUGGAGAAGAAGAAAGAGUGUAUAAAGAGAAAGAGGCCGAAAAGUGGAAAAAUCUAAGCAAAAUAACGUAAAAAAAUAUGUAAAAACGAUAAACUUAUAAGUAAAGAUUUACUUGAAUAGUAUUCGUACUCUUCAUGUAUAAUUAAAUCAGUGCUAUGGUGAGUGCAAUAUUUACUAACAUACAUAACAAGGUGGGCAUACGAAUAGCGAGUGUCAGCUCGCCAGACUUUGUGAAGGUAAUGUAAUCAUUUUAUUUAGCCACUUGAACUAAACCCUUUGAAUACCAUGAUGCUUGGAAUGUGAAUAUGGAUUUAUCACAGCUUCAAAAUACUCUCGAGGCUGCGGGGACUUCAGUUUAAAAUACGACAGGUCGUUCCUUUCUAAAUUGGUGUAGCUGUAUGUUUAUCGAAUUCUAAUUCUAAUGUGCCAGUUUAUGGUGUUUGAAGGGUGAACAAGGUGGAGGAUGUAUAAUAUUUAUUCCAUAUUUAAGAUUAUUAUGUAGAUAUAGUUCAUAGUUUACCUCAUAUCUUAAAUGACAGAAAUCACUGUGUAAUACAAUAAUAAUUUCUGCGUUAACUUUAUAAUAUAUAUAUAUAUAUAUAUCACAUCAUGAUUACAUUUUCUCUUGCUGGUGCAUCUUUUAUUUUCAUAUACCUGAGUUAUAUUAACAAUGAAUCACACUGAAAUUUAGCCAUAUGAUAUAAUUGAUUAUCUUGAUCUUUGCCAUGAGCACAGUAUGCCGAAAUCAGUAAAUGAAGCUGGUAGCAGUAUAAUCAUGGCGCACUAAUUCGUUCUUGUAGCACUUUGUGUACUUGAAUCAAGAUUGUCGUGAUUGCCUGCUCAGUUUUUCUUUGAAAAUUUUACGAACAAUAUAAAAUCUUGGAAGUGAGAAAGCUCUGAUUCAAAGGUUGAACAUCAACUCUCAUCCAAUAAUUUCCAGAUUGUCCGUCCAGUAAACUCUUCAACUCAAUAUCUAUUUGGUUCUGUCUGCAUUGUACAGCAGGUAUUUCACAUGGAAACUAUCGCUGAACAAGAAAUUAUGUGAGGGUAGUUUGGUAUGUUACUUUAGUAAGCGGCGGCACAGCCAAACUGCCCGUCAUUGAGUUAAUAAGAAUAAGCUUGCCAAAAUUAUUCUCUGUAUCUAAAUGUUAGAAAAUCAACUUUUGUAUUUCUGUGUUAGAACGUGAGGCUAAAGUUGAGGAAAAUAUGUAAUCAUGUUAAGUUUUGACACUAAUAAGAUGUGUUUAAGGGAUUGAUUUCGAUAUUGUUGUCUGUAUGGAAUUAUCCAAGUUCACGUAUCUCAAACGCAAAGAUGGGCAUAACAGCCCCAUUCUACAUGCAAUUUUGAACAAAACCACUCAAAUACAUUUUCAUUUAACUCAAAAACAAAGAAAUGACAUGAUUUAUACGAAUUCCAUGUAGAUAGCAUGGGGUUGUUGCCCUUUUCACAUGGACUUGGAUAAUUUGAGAUAUAUAUCACAGCCUCGAAUUUGAUCCAGUGAACCCUGUUGAGCUGUGAAGAAUGGUUUCUUUGUAUUCAUUUUGGAAAUCUGUUUUGCCUAUAAUUAUUUGUAUAGGCCAUGUACGUCAUUUGAGAUGUGAAGUAAUUUUGCUUAGCUGUGUAAAGUUACAAUGUAAUUCUUAUUGGUAUUAUUAUAAAUAAAUUGAUAAAUUUAUAUUGUCAAGAUUA